AUGUCUGAUGAAGCGACUUUACUCGAAGCUUUAUCAUCAUCAGAUUUCAAAACAUCGAUUCAUGACAAGAAACGAACAGAUGCAGAAGAAACUAAAGCUGCUAUUGAAAAUAAACAACAAUUUGGUAAAAUAAAAAAUUCAGAAGUAUCCGAAAAAAUAAAUGAUAAUAAUGAAUCAUUUUUAUCUUUAGUAAAACAUUUGUCAACCGAACUACGUAAGAAAAUAAUUGAAUCACUUAAACAAAUGAUCUACAUGAUCCAUUAA